CUUGUUACACCGCACUGUCUAAAUCAGGAAGUUAAGGAUGUAAAGUAUGCGGCGUCUCUUCUCGUUGAUCGCAUUUCUUCGUUAUUUUUUAUUUUUAUUUACGCAUUUUGCCACGACAAGCCCCGUGACGUGUUAGCGGAGUUUCCUGGCAGGAACACGGCAUGCUAACCAAACUGUCCUUGGACCAAAGGAAAUCCAGACACAAGUUACACUAAUGCUGAUGAUAAGUCCCAGAAUGGCUUCAGGAAUGCAAGAGAAACAUUACACGCCAUGUCUGCUUAAUUUUUUCAUCUACAAUCCUACAUUUGGACCGCGAGAAGGAGAGGAGGAGAAAAAGAUUUUAUUCUACCACCCCAGUGAUGUUGAGAAGAACGAGAAGAUCCGAAAUGUCGGCCUCUGUGAAGCCAUUGUACAGUUUACCAGAACAUUCUGUCCGACCAAACCGGCAGAAUCCUUGCACACACAGAAGAACCGUCAGUUUUUCUUUGAGCCCGAGGACAAUUUCUGGAUAGUCAUGGUGGUUCGGAACCCAAUGAUAGAAAAACCAAACAAAGACGGUAAACCCCCCACAGUAGAAUAUCAGGAGGAGGAAGUACUUGACACUGUUUACGGUGCAGUUGUAAGACAAUGCUACAGUAUGUACAAGCUCUUCAAUGGCACGUUUGGCAGAGCAAUGGAAGCCGGCGGAGUGGAGCUGCUCAUUCAGAAGCUGGAAAAGUUCUUUUACAGGUAUCUGCAGACUCUCCACUUGCAGUCCUGCGACCUGCUGGAUGUGUUUGGGGGCAUCAGCUUCUUCCCACUGGAUAAGAUGACCUACCUGAAGAUCCAAUCCUUUGUCAACAGAGUGGAGGAGAGUCUCAGCCUGAUCAAAUACACGGCCUUCCUCUACAACGACCAGCUUAUCUGGAGUGGCCUGGAACAAGAGGACAUGCGUAUCCUGUACAAGUACCUGACCACUUCACUGUUCCCCAGACAUUCUGAACCAGAGUUGGCCGGCAGGGACUCUCCUCUGAGACCAGAGGUUGCCGGGAAUUUGUUGCACUAUGGAAGGUUUCUGACGGGACCGAACAACCUCAAAGAUCCUGAGGCCAAAUUCAGAUUUCCCAAAAUCUUUGUCAGCACACAAGACGGCUACGAGGAGCUGCAUCUGAUAGUUUAUAAGGCGAUGAGCGCCGCCGCUUGUUUUAUGAUCAGUGCGUCUGUGGAGAUGACGAGAGACUUCUGUGAGCAGCUGGACGGUUUGGUGGGACCUCAGCUCACGCUGCUGGCGUCUGACAUAUGUGAACAGUUCACCGUUAACCGCAGGAUAUCUGGGCCAGAGAAGGAGCCUCAGUUUAAGUUCAUCUACUUCAACCACAUGAACCUGGCGGAGAAGAGCACCAUCCACAUGAGGAAGACGGCCAGCGUCUGUCUCACCUCCGUCCAUCCAGACCUCAUGAAGAUCCUGGGAGACAUCAACUCUGACUUUGCCAGGGUUGAUGAAGAUGAAGAGAUUAUUGUCAAAGCGAUGACAGAUUACUGGGUCGUUGGUAAGAAGUCUGACCAGAGAGAACUGUACGUGAUCCUGAAUCAGAAGAACGCCAAUCUGAUCGAAGUCAACGAGGAGGUUAAGAAGCUUUGUGCAACGCAGUUCAACAACAUUUUUUUCCUGGACUGAAGAAGCAGAGACUUUUCCACUGUCGGUGAUAUCAUCAGCGUAAUGCAAUAAAAAAAGAAAAGAAAAAAGCAUUAUGAAGUUUUUUUAAUUUAAUCUACAAAAUAUCCUUUUGUAAUUAUAUGUAAUUAUGUUUUUUUGUUGUACAUACAUGUUUAUUUGGAUUUCUUUCUUUCUAAUAAAAAAAAUGUAUUCAUGCAUUUUUUUUAAUGAUCGCGUUAAUUUAAAAAAACUGACAUUUUUUAAAAGUUCUCUCGAUUCUUGGUCGUCGGCACGGCAUUGGUUUUCAAGAUGUCAUUAUGUCUUAAGUAUUAUGUUUGUAAAAAAUUAAUAAACAACUAACUUUAAAUAAAUUAUAAGAAUGAAUUUUA